GCAACGACAAAGUAACGAUCACUUCAUCGAUGGUGAAAAUUUAUCAAAUUUGUUCUCGGAYUUUCCCUUGUUUUUCCUUUUAAAUGGAUCAGUUUGGGACUUUGGAGCUCAGUUGGGCCCAAGGUUAUGAUGGUGGAGCCUCAAGUUUUGUUGAUAAAGAUACAUUAUGUUUUGUGUGUGGAAAUAAUGUCAAAUUUAUUAACAUCAAAGACAAGAGUCGAUCAUUUUUACCCACUCCUGGUGAUGGGAUUGGAGUCCUCACUACGAACCCUGCAUAUAACCUGUAUGCUUUCUCAGAAUUGAAGGCCAACCCAAGGAUCUUUAUUUAUACGUUCCCUGAUUUCAGUAGGCCUCGGGCAAUACUUAAAGAUGGUGCAAAGCUUAGCUACUCAGCAUUAGCUUUUGCCAAUAACAGUUCUAUAUUUGCCAGUUUUUCKGGUCUUCCAGACUUCCAGUUAACAAUCUGGAAUUGGGUGAAUGGGCUUAAGCUGUGCUCAAUCAAUGUAGACCAUCUGUCAUGCAAUAACCUAUCAUUUAAUCCUGUUAAUUGGAGACAAUUGUGUACAAUUGGUAAAGAGAUGCUGAUCAUUUGGCAAGUUGAGCAACUGAAUGACAAAUACACUCUUACAUCAAGUGAGUUCAAGCUGCCUCCUGCAGAUGGAACCCCAGACGAUGGAGAAUUUAAAAACCUGAAGCAUUCUAUUAGUAGAAUGGGAAGAGCUUUUACAACAGAAGAGUUCAGACUGACAAAAGCUGCCAUUGCUGGCAUUGUUGGUCAUGAAGCUAAAGAUUAUGAACCAGGUGAUAAGAUAGAACGCUGUGAGCCAGUUAGUCAUUGCUGGACACCCAGUGGAAUGAUCUAUUGUGGAUGUUCUGGUGGACAGUUACUGAGGGUUGAUCCUGAUGUAUAUACAAUCAAAGUGGCUGCAACACCAAGGAUAGGUACUCACAGAAGCAGAACAGAUACUYUAUCACAUCUGAUGCAGCACAAAAACACUAUGGAAUCACUUCCCGAAGAGGAGGAUGAGAGCAAUGUAUCUGGUGAUGGUUURACCUAUGGAUCUACCAGUUGUCUAGCACUCCACAAGUCUGGRCUGUAUGUUGGUGGACAGGAUGGUAUUCUGAGAUGUUUGGACAUUAAUGGUCCUGAAGUCAAAGUCCUCAGUAAGACAAAUACAGAAGCGUCAAUAACUAGUCUUGCCUGGUCUUUUAACUACAAUGAAUUAGCUGUCGGCAGUACAAAGGGAUGCAUACAAUUGUAUGAGCCCAAUGACAACCUUCUUACCAAGCUGUUCGAUAUCAGUAAUGUGGAAUUUGUUGGUGUAGAUUGCUUACUUGGUGACUCGGAGUACUGUGUGACAUGCAGGUCCAAUGGUCUUCUCCAAGUAUGGAAUAUACAGACCUCUCUGUUUGCUGGUCAGUUACCUCUAGAAUGCCAUGCAACCUGUAUAGCAUGCUGUCCGUCUUCCAGUACAGUAGCUGUCGGCACAGCCAGUGGUUCUGUUUACUUUAUAGAACUGACAUCAGUAUCUCAACCACGCAUUAUUUUCUGUUCGUACCUCCAUCAAGGACCUGUGCUUCAGUUAAAAUACGACAUGGAAGGGCAGAUCUUUGUCACAGGAUCUAAUGAUGGYCAUGUAUUUGUUUGUGAUGCAAGAGUUACCAACAACUUUAAAGUACUUGGCCAUACAGACGUCCCUGGUACUGUAAUAUCUAUUUCUUGUCUCAACGCACGAGAAAAUGAUGGUCAAGGUCCAUGGAAGAUCGUCGUGGUUCACAGCCCCAAUGAUUCGCAUUCAUGUGGGAAUAACUUGAUCGAGUUUGAGGUUAACAAGGACGUCCUUUAUCGCAGUCCAAAAGAUGCGUUUUUCAACAAAGCACUUCUGUAUCGCCCUGAAGCAGUGAAGCUCUCUUCGCAUAAGCUAACAGGACCUGUGUAUAGUGUUGUUGUCACGUCACCACAGACGGCAAUAGCUGUUGCUCAUAAUCAUAAAGAGUUAGUCAAGUUAGCAUUGACUCAAGAGCAGGACAAGUCAAGCGCUACGCUGGAGCCUUUAGAAUCUUACGUGGGACAUGAUCUUAAUGGAGGGGAACUGGCAUUAUCCUGCCACCUUCGCUGGAUUGCUAGUGCGGGAACAGAUGGACAGAUUUUAGUCAGAGCUGUUGGGGCUUUGGAUCGAAUGCUAAAGAUUCCUGGACAUCAUUACCGUAAGGGUGGAGUCAGUCACUUGUGUUUCACAGGAGAUUCACAAAAACUACUUAGUACCGGAAGGGACGGGGUUUUAUCAUGCUGGGAAUGGAGCUUUAGUGCCACAGGGAGAAGUAAGUCUACGACAGCGAUCCAGGUAUCACGAGCAAGAACAGCUCUUCUGAAAACCCAAAGACAAGAUGAAGAUGCAGCAGCCGCAGAAAGACCCAACUACAUCCACAAGUCUGCUUCCGUCAUAGAGAAAGAAAACACUGAAGGAUCUGAAAAAGUCCAAAAAAAGCUGGAAAAGGAUGGGAUAUUCACUACACCUACGCCAACUUUGAGUGAAGACUCCACGUGGCUGCAGAAAGCUGUUGCGGAGGCCCAGCGAGAAGAAGACAAGAAGUUCGCAGACAUCAAGCGAAAGCUGCGCAAAGAUAUCUCCGAAUUGCGCAACACAGUACUACAAAUGAUUGACGUGAACAGCCGGUUACCAGACAUCGAGAAACUCGAGCGGCAUGAGUUUAAUAUGGAUGUAGAAGAACGGCAGAAACUGAUCGCUGAAGGAGAAGAAAAGAUAAAAGAGGUGCGUGAUGAGAUCGAGAUCGCAAACCUCGCCCGUAUCUACCUGAAGGAGAUGAUCAAACGAGAGUGUUGGGAUGCGAUGGCUGUCAAAGGUCGAUCAUGUAAUUCUUUCCGUAUGUCUUUAUCGGUCACUAACUACCCAAUGCGAGAAAGAUCAAAAGAAGAAUUGGACGAGCUUCAAUACGUCUUGACACAGAGGAAGAUUGAGAAGGCAGAAUAUGAAGCGAGUAAGGACCUUGAGCCAGGCCCUACAUCAUCUAGAAACACACCUGUACCAGAGGACCGCCUAGAUUACGAAGACGAAGACAACUUCAUAGAAGACGAAGGGCACAGUACAGGCACUAACCCAGCUACCUCAGGCAGUAGAGGAGCAUCUUAUGGUGGUGGUAGUGAGCAACUACAGAGUCAAUUCCAGUUACACACUGCGCAACAGAAGUACAACCAAAUUAUCAUGUUACAGGACGCCAUUCAUCGCAUCAAAAUCAACUUUAACAAAGAAUUCGAAGAGACUUUCAAGUUCAAAGAAAACGAAAUAAAGAAAAUCCAGGAAAAGAAUGAUCGCAUCAAGAAGAUCCUUCACGACCUUGAUAUUGUUGAAAAGAUAUUCCAGCCAGCAAUGACAGACGAUGAGUUACCUGAAAGACUCCUSCAUGUCAAAGACCAAGAAGUUCCAUUCGAGAGGUAUAUCACUGCUGAAGAACAGAAAAGAUUAGAUGAACAAGCUAAGGUGGAAGAAGAGAGGAGGUUAGCUGAACAAGCAGAUAAUGCACGUGAACGUGCACUGAUGAUGAUGAUGCAGGGUCGUCUUGAAGCCAACCUGGAGGAUGAACUGAAGAAAGAUCUGGUACCACCUGACUUUGUUACGGGUAAGCCACAAGAAGAGUGGACGGAGGAAGAACAGAAGGCGGCGAAAGACUUCGAAAAGAUGGAAAAACAACAUUUAGAAGAUCGAGAAAAGUGGAAGAAAUCCCUCGAAACAGAACUGAAAAAACUCCAGUCAAGUAUCGCUGAAGCGACGACUGCUUUUGACGAAAARCUAUCGUUACUCUUCCAAAAGAAAGUCAAAACAGAAAUGGUCAUCUAUCAGGAAGAACUGAAGAUAUUCCGUCUUCUAGUCUCUAUCUUGACGGAAGAUGAACUCAGCACCCAAGAAGCAGAGCUCCUUCGUCGAAUGGACGAGAAAAAGGAGAAGAAAUCUCGAGUGUCUUCGAGUCAGACUGAAGCCAAGAGAGAAGUGGAUGACUUUCGUGAGGCGUAUGAGAUCCUUGUAAUGGAGGACAAGGCUUUAGACAAGGCAUUCAAGAGGGAGUUUGGUGAUCAGGACUUACAUACUGUGGAGCAACUGUACAAGUUGUUCAAAAGACGACCAAGAGGCCAGAAACAACUGCGCGCAGUCACGGAUCCUCAAGCUGACGUUAAGACCGACUCUCCUUUCGCCCCAAGACCUUCCUCCUCUCGUGCUCAUUCCGCUGCAGCCAAGCAUUUAGCCAAGGCCAUGGAAGAGUUAGAUAGUAUAGAACACAUGCCUGAAGGCUUGGAGCUGGAAGUAUGGCAGAGGUUUAUAGAAACGAGACGACAAAAAGUUGAGAGUGAACAACAGGUAAAAGCCAAGGCUCUAGUGCUGGCAGAGAUGAACUCGUAUCUUCAAAAACGAAUAGACGAGGACGAGAGAGUACAACACGACAUGGAGCACACGUACCAGGAACUGCAGAGGCUGCGUGAAGAAAAAAUCAAGUUUUUGAUCAAUCUGGAAGUACAGCUUUUACUCAAGCAAGGCCAGGUUGAAGUCCCCCCUGGACCGUUUAUCACUGACUAUUCCGACAGUAUUCUUGUUCAUCGAUCUGUAGUCGAGGAUCUGAAUGCGCAGAUCACGAAUCUUGGCAAAGCAAAAGUAUCCAUYAUGGACGACAGUAAAGAAUUUAGGAAGGGAAUCCAUGGUCUGGAAUGGGAACAUAGGAAGAUGCAAAUGCAAGCAGAAGAUCUGCAGACCAAAGCUAGAGAUAUCCAGCUACUGAGAGUAACCAAGGACCUCCAACAGUUCUUGGCCGAGGGUGAUCAUCAAGCCCGUCAACAGAAGGAAAUCGCUACGCUCGAGCAAACUUUAUCGUUGUUCCAAAAGAUGCACGAGAGAAACGUGAAUGAUCGUAAAGAAACGAUAAAAGGAAUCAAACGAGUCAUUCACAAGAAAGAAAAAGAUAAUACUAAACUAGACGGUGAUUUAGAAGAGCUGGCUUUAUCUGUUGCCGAGCGACGCAACGUCAACGAGAUGAAUGCUGAGAGAAGAAACGACACCGGCGCAGAGCGUCGCUACCAAGACAUCGUUGCGCGCCGUAAGCUGGUUGACUUGGCCAAAGCGCAAGCCUCAGAGAUAGCAGUUCUAAGAGCRGAAGUGGAGCGACUACGCAUGCGCACUUUCCCUGCUCUUGUUCAAGUCGAGCGCUGAUAAUGAUUUAUAAUCAGGGAAGCGACGCGUACAAAAAUAAAUCUUCCAUUAACGGCAACUAAGUAGCUAGUUUAGCUGUAAAUAUAGGUAGUGUCUGACUUAGUUCCCAUAUUGAAGACCGAAAUUUUUUGCAGUGUUUUUUAUUUUGGUUUGAAUUCGAUUUUAUAGCUUGUUUCUGUCUUGUACAUAAAUCAUCUCAUUCAAAUCUAAUUUAUCAUAAAAGAACUACGUGUA